AUGGGACGCGCGAGCGACAAGAGCAAGGGGGAGGAAUGCGAGUCAAACGACUUUAGCUGCGGGUCCACCUGCACCACCAAGUUGGGGGCCACAGGUUGGGCGUGGAUCGGGUCCACGGGACUCAAGUCAGAGUGGACCUUCGUCAUCGAGGACGGCCAAAGCACCUCCACUCGUAUCGGCACGACGAGAAGCAAUCGUAGCAGCUCAACUGCACAGGAAGCAAACCCCAACCCCUCUUCCCAUCAACUCAUUCACCCCUAGUUUCGGAUCCCCCUCCAGUCCCUUCAUUGCUGCUCACCUGCGCGCACCUCAUCGCCGCCGUCCUCGUCGAUCCACCUCAGCGCCACUUGGUGCUCCCCUUUCUGCCCAUCUUGCCGGAUCAUCUUCGUCUCAACCUCUUUGAUUGGACCACGACGACUGGCUAUGCGCUUGAAGAACGCGCAAUAUAUCAACUGUUGCUACCCUACCACGACAAUGGCGAGGAAGAGGAGGAAGAAUCUGCCACGUACAACGAAUCAUCAACGAGCUCGGACGAAUGGGACGACUAUUCAGACUCGGACGAGGACCCGCUACCUGGAGGCUAUCUCACCCCUCUCAGGCGAUUCCUCUCCUCCCCAAGAUUCCCAUACCAAUCCCUCACUUCGCUGAACCUCGCCUUCAGUCCCCUCAAGCUCCCCUUUCUACGAUCCUUGCUCCUCUCCCCUCGCUCGAUCCCUCUCUUCCCCCAUCUAUCCCACCUCAACCUAGCCGUAACUCCUAAUCUCUACUUCGUCGAAGCGUUCUUCAAGCUACUUUCCUCCCUCAUCUCAUUGAGAUCCCUUUCCUUAGCUGGAAAGUCCCUUUACCCUCCUCUCCACCUCGGAGAAGAAGAAGAAGAAGAAGAAGAAGACGACGCCCUGACCCGCGCGCACCUCGAAGGCUUCUUCAAUCGUCUGGCCUCGGCCCCACGUUUCCUCCCCCGUCUAGUCGAAGCGACCCCAACGCUACAAUCCCUAGACCUAAGCUACAUACCCGACCUCAACAUCAACGCUUUGCACGGCAUCGCAUGGGAUCGACAAUGGCUCGAUUUGGUCAAGUUGGGGGUGAAGACUUACCCUGCUAGGACGACGUCGAUCGAGUUGGAGAGGGGGAGGAGGUUGAAUGAGUUGGGGUUCGUGGUCAAGCGUAGGGGUGAGAAGACGAGGAAGAGGCUGUGGUUGGAUGUUUAUUAUUGA